AUGAACAUUCCUGGAAAAAUGGUCGCUUCCAGUUUAAUGAUGAAGAACAUGGGGGCUGUGAUGACUAGAAGUUGGGUAGAAAGUACCUUCCAGCGGUUCUGUGGAACUGCUUCUCCUACUGCAAAAAAGUUUGAUUUAAAGGAAGAAAAAGCUGAGUUCCUUAACGCUCUUCCAGGAGUCAUUGAUCUCUUUUCGAAACAUGAAAAAUUUCAAGAAAUACCCGGUACUGAGAAAUGGAUGAGAAAUGUUUUAAAUGGAAAUUUAAUUGGUGGUAAAAACAUGAGAGGACUAACAACUGUAAUGACGUACAAGUUUAUUGAGAAACCUGAAAAUAUAACGGAGGAGACAUUGCGAUUAGCGAGGACGUUAGGGUGGUGUACUGAAAUUUUACAAGCAUACUGCCUAGUGUUGGAUGACAUAGCUGAUGGGUCCGUUACUCGACGCGGCAAGCCCUGUUGGUAUCGAAGGGAAGACGUGGGCAUUUCUCAUGCAGUCAACGAUGCUACACUCAUCCACCACAGCAUGCUGCAUUUGCUAAGAGUCAACUUUGAGAAGUCUCCUUACUACAACGAUCUCUACCAUAACUUUAACGAGACACUCUUUUACACAUGCCUUGGCCAAUAUUUGGACAUCAUGACAGGAAUGAAAAAGAAGAACUACGAUCUAUUCACGAUGGAUCAGUACAAUGCUAUAGUUAAGUACAAAUCUGCAUAUUACACCUACAAACUGCCAAUAACAGCUGGAUUAAUGCUAGCUAACCAGUUCAAUGAGAAAACUCACAAGGAUGCUGACGAAAUAUCGAUGCAAUUGGGAAGACUUUUUCAAAUGCAAGACGACUACAUUGAUUGUUUCGGAGACGAAAAAAUUACCGGGAAGUUAGGUUCUGAUAUUCAGGAAGGCAAAUGUUCAUGGUUGGCAGUCAAAGCGUUGCAGCACUGCAAACCCAAUCAGCGCACUGUUUUUUCUGCUUGUUAUGGAAGCCAAGAACCAGCACACGUAGAGCGUAUUAAGCAGCUUUAUGCCCAGCUCAAAAUUCCUCAAUUGUAUAAAGAAGAAGAAAAUGAAAUCUAUAACAACAUAGUCAAGAGGAUUAAAUCCGUAUCCUCAAAUGCUCAACAAGAAUUAUUUCUUAAAGUUUUACACGAUACAUAUGGCAGAAAACAUUGA